AUGCCUUCCCCCAAACUCAACCUCCGCGACGUCGUCCUUAACAGCAACGAUACCCAACCGAUCGUUGUCCGCGUCCAGUCCAAAGACAGCAGCCCGCCGAGCGACGACAGCAUGCGUUCGUACGAGAACUGCUCGUACUCCGAAGUUCUCCAGGGCAAGCGCAUGUCCUUCUCUCCCACCUGGGUCCGCCGGGCUCUCGCCUGGUGUGCCGCGAAGCAGGUCUCCGCGCACCGCCUGCCGCGCACGUCGAGCGAGUUGAUCGGAUAUAUGCAUGCGGUGGGCUGGAACGUCACCGACCCGGACCUCUUUACCCCCCUCGCCACCAAACUCCUCGCCUGGACGGCCCGUUGGAUUACUAACAAGAACCUCUCGCCCGCUAUGACGGAGACGAAGAAGAACCUCACAGCCGUGCGGUUUGCGGACUGGAGCAGUGUCUGGGCUAGCUACACCACCGAGUGGAUCGACGUGGAUUUCGUGCUGGACUUUGAGCUCGGCAAGAGCUCUCCGAGGGCGCCCAAGGGUAGGAAGCAUUUGCCGGAGAGGCUUCCCGUCGAGCGGCCGUGGCAGACAGCGAAUGGCUUGGUAGAGGCUGCGGCGAAUGUCUUGAGGGGCAACAGGUUCAAGACCGGGGCGGGUGACUUUGUUGUUUAUAACGGAGACGAUGCUGUUGAUGAUGAGAAGCAUGCUGUGGAGGCUUGCGUGGUGGAGGACGAAGAUGCUAAGGACUCAGCGACCGAAGCUGAAGAUAAGCAGGCCGAAGAUGAAGGCGAGAAUGAAGAGCACCAGCUCACCGACCCCGACUCCUCUCCAGCGCCCAUCGCCACCACCACCAAACUCCCCCCCGCCGUUAACACCACCCUCUUCGACGAAAUCAUCCGCCACCCCGCCUUUAUGGACUGGUACUACGACAUCCCCGCCGACGUCGAAGCCACAAUGGAGAGCAUCUUCGCGUGGGCCAAGGACAAUCCUACAUUUCGGGAGCAUCACAAGAAGAUUAUCAGGGAGAAGAAGAUGAGCGAGAAGACCGCCGGCGGCAAGGGAAAGGCGAAGAAGACCGUCGUUUUCGGCAAAGCUGCUGUUCCUGCUGCUGUUCAUAGGAAGAAGAAGAAGACUGUUGUUCUCCAGAAGGCGAAGGCGAAGACGCACGCUGCUGGUAGUGGUGUUGGUGUUGGUGGGAAGAGAGUUUAA